CUCUACCCCGGCUGUUAGCGCUGUGUGAGUGCGUGUGUGCUCCUGAGCCCGCUCGGCACACGUUCUAUAAAAAAUAAAAAAAAAACAAAAAAAAUUCAAAACAUAAAAUAUACAAAAAAUCAUUUUUAUUUCUUUUUGUAACAACGGUGAAGCUGGAGUAGACCCUGCGCAUUGGACGGUAACGUAUAAGAUCGAGCUAGCUAACGUUUAAACCGAAGACAUUUUUGUUUCAGUCGACGUCGUACCAGCUCCGAAGCGAGGCCUUAAGUCACGUUUAUUCGCUUUUAACAUCGCGUGUCGCAUUGAGUUACAGUUAAAAUUCAUUAAGAAGCGGACAUAGUUCGAUUUUAAACGUAUUUUGUUUACUCAAAAGCCGUAAGACGCCAACGGUUGUAAACGUCUACCAUCAGCAUUCUGCUUAACUGACGUGACUUAUAACGACCGUUGGAGAACCACACGUUCGAACAGACGACAAAAACUUUUGUCCGGUUAUAACAUCAAAAAUCAGUCUUCGUCCAAAAGAACUCCGCUAGAACAUGAACCCCAGCGCUCCCAGCUACCCCAUGGCAUCCCUGUAUGUCGGGGAUCUGCACCAAGAUGUGACCGAGGCCAUGCUGUACGAGAAAUUUAGCCCAGCCGGAGCUAUCCUAUCCAUCAGGGUCUGCAGGGACAUGAUAACCCGGCGGUCCCUUGGAUACGCCUAUGUCAACUUCCAACAGCCAGCGGACGCCGAGCGUGCACUGGACACCAUGAACUUUGACGUGAUCAAGGGGCGGCCUGUGCGCAUCAUGUGGUCGCAGCGCGAUCCGUCACUGAGAAAGAGCGGCGUGGGAAACAUCUUCAUCAAGAAUCUUGACAAGUCUAUCGAUAACAAGGCUCUAUACGACACCUUCUCUGCUUUCGGCAACAUCUUGUCAUGCAAGGUGGUUUGUGACGAGAAUGGCUCUAAAGGCUACGGGUUUGUGCAUUUUGAGACUCAAGAGGCAGCUGAACGAGCCAUUGAGAAAAUGAAUGGCAUGCUCCUCAAUGACCGAAAAGUAUUCGUGGGCCGUUUCAAAUCCCGCAAAGAGCGCGAGGCCGAGUUGGGUGCCCGCGCAAGGGAGUUUACAAACGUCUAUGUUAAGAACUUUGGUGAAGACAUGGAUGAGGAGAAGCUGAGGGACGUCUUCAGUAAAUACGGGCAAGCCAUGAGUAUCCGAGUCAUGACAGAUGAGAGCGGAAAAUCUCGAGGCUUCGGGUUUGUCAGUUUUGACAGGCAUGAGGACGCCCAGCAGGCGGUGGAUGAGAUGAACGGGAAAGAGUAUAAUGGCAAGCUCAUCUACGUUGGCCGUGCCCAGAAAAAGAUGGAGCGACAGACAGAGCUCAAGCGCAAGUUCGAGCAAAUGAAACAAGACCGCAUGACUCGCUACCAGGGUGUCAAUCUGUACGUGAAGAACCUUGAUGAUGGACUUGACGAUGAACGUCUGCGAAAGGAGUUCACACCGUUUGGCACAAUAACCAGUGCCAAGGUCAUGAUGGAAGGCGGACGCAGCAAAGGUUUCGGCUUUGUCUGCUUCUCGUCCCCGGAGGAGGCCACCAAAGCGGUGACAGAAAUGAAUGGACGCAUUGUAGCCACCAAGCCAUUGUAUGUUGCCCUGGCACAGCGGAAAGAGGAGCGUCAAGCUCACCUGACCAACCAGUACAUGCAGCGCAUGGCCACUGUGCGCGCAGUGCCAAACCCAGUCAUCAAUCCCUACCAGCCAGCCCCGCCGUCUGGCUAUUUCAUGGCAGCCAUACCGCAGGCCCAGAACCGUGCUGCUUACUACCCAGCUGCUGGGCAGAUGGCCCAGAUCCGCCCGAGCCCCCGCUGGGCCACACAAGGGGUCCGGCCACAACAUUUCCAGAACAUGCCAGGUGCGAUGCGUCCCUCAGCACCACGCCCUCAGACCUUCGGUGCCAUGCGGCCGUCCUCCCAGAUGCCCCGCAUGAUGUCCACCCAGCGUGUUGCUCAGCCCAUGGGCCCCCGGCCAGCUGCUGCAGCCGCAGUUCCUGUGCGCGGAGUCCCUCAGUACAAAUAUGCCCCAGGAGUCCGCAAUCCCCAGCAGCACAUGCCUGCGCAGCAACAAGUUGCCAUGCAGCAGCCUGCUGUCCAUGUUCAGGGACAGGAGCCUCUGACAGCCUCCAUGCUGGCUGCCGCUCCCCCGCAGGAGCAGAAGCAGAUGCUGGGUGAGCGUCUGUUCCCAAUGAUCCAGAACAUGCACCUUGGUUUGGCCGGGAAGAUCACCGGCAUGUUGCUGGAAAUUGACAACUCAGAGCUGCUCCACAUGUUGGAGUCCCCAGAGUCUCUCCGCUCAAAGGUGGAUGAGGCGGUGGCUGUGCUUCAGGCCCACCAGGCUAAGGAAGCCACCCAGAAGCCUGUGCCAACCCCGGCUGGAGUCGCUACUGCCUAAAACCAUGGUGUUGGACAUCUUGAGACUAGCUUCACCGAUGGACAAAAUAAAUAAACAAUGAAAAAAAUGAAAAUACACAAAACAAAGUAAAAAUAAGUGAAAUGAUAUAAUAAAAAAUGCCUAUGGUAACAAGUCUCCAACCAGGCCUAGAUGAACAAACACCAGGCCUGGUUUGUUGAGUUAAAAUGAGAAAAUAAACAAAAAAUGGAAAAAGUUAAAAUCAAAAACUACCAGUUCAUGGAGGGUUUUAGAAGAGAAUUCUGUGACAUUGAAUCAUUCCUUUCUGCCAUUUUAUCCCUUUUAAAUGUUUGGAUGUGUGGGCUUUAGAAGCCUUUUAUUGUGAAAUGUCUUAUGACCUUUGCUUGCUUCAAUAAAUCUUGGAAAAAUA